GAACCGCUAUAUUUGCACGUUAAUGAUUCCAAUAAGCCGAUCGUGAUAAACGCAGAACGUCACGGAUUCUAUCGACAACAUUAUGAGGGUGACGGUUGGAAGAAAAUCAUUGACCAACUCAAACAAAACCACACAGUUUAUAGUCAACGAACGAGAGAUGGAAUCAUAAGCGAUGCAUUUGCGGCAGCUUUGGUUGACAAACUCGACUACGAAAGCGUGUUUGAUUUGCUACAAUAUAGCAAACAUGAAGAGGAAUAUUUACCUUGGACAGACAUAAUCUCUGGUUUUGAGGGGGUUCUCAAGUACUUUGGCAACCAACGAGAGGCAGAGUAUGCU